AUGUCUACCUCGAAUCCCAUCCCCAUUCGGACUGACCUGGUCUUCCGGCCAGCACCGCACGAGAAUGGCAACAAUGCUUCUCCCAAGGCUGCAGGCAUGUUUACAAGACAUAAGCACACGCGAUCCUCGUACUCGGACGGGUCGCCACUCACUGCCGUGUCGAGAAAUAACUCGCUGAGCUUUCGUCCGCUGAAGCGGGCGAUGCCGUCGCCAGAUAAGACAAUCGCUAUAAUCAAUGCGGGUGGUCGCCAAGCCGCCUCUAUGAUCCGGAUAGCUACCGCAGUCGGGUACAAGGUCCGCGCCCAACUCCGAAACCUGGAGGGUGUGAUAGCGACUGAGGUUUCUACCAAUCCCAACGUCACUGUUUUCGUUGGGGAGCUCUACCUGCGGAAAAAGGCCGAUGACAAUCGCGAUGUUACCGUUAACGGACACCUGCCAGGAAUACUGGUGAAUCACGACCUGAUCUCAAAGCUCUUCACCGGCGCGCAGCUGGCGUUCAUCAACACCACAUUUUAUGGUAACGAGUUACAGAUUGGCGAGGCCCUUGCAGAUGCCGCGAAGAAGGUUGGCGUUCAACACUACGUCUACUCAUCGAUGCCCGAUCAUGCCAAAUAUAACCCGGACUGGCCGUCUUUACCGCUAUGGGCUGCCAAACAUGACGUGGAGGAGUACAUCCGCAAGAUUGGGCUGCCUGCUACUUUCGUCUACACGGGCAUCUACAACAAUAACUUUACGUCACUCAAUUACCCGCUGUUCUGCAUGGAGCUGAUGCCCGACGGAUCUUUUCAAUGGCAAGCACCUUUCCAUCAGGAUGCCAAACUGCCCUGGUUAGAUGCUGAGCAUGAUGUUGGACCAGCCAUUCUCCAGCUAUUCAAGGACGGACCAAAGAAAUGGGACGGAAAACGUAUAGCGUUGGCUUACGAGUGUCUGUCUCCAGUGGAAGUGUGCAGGGCGUUUGAGGAAGGGCUCGGCAGACCAGUGCGCUACAAGCGAGGACCCAUCGCAUUGAAAGUCAAGGUUCCGGAAGGCUAUCGGGAACAGCUCGAGGCUUUGGAGAAGCUGUUUUCGCCAGACAACGACGAUCCGAAGAAGCAGCCGCCCUACUUUGGAGACCAAGCACUUGAGAGCAGAUGUCCCGACGAUGCACUGGCGCUGUGGGAAGGUCCGAGAGGUCUCGAGGAGUAUGCGCGCGAGAUCUUUCCUCUGGAGGAAGAAGCCAAUGGGAUGACCUGGAUGUUUGAUGAUGAGGAAGACGGACUUGCAUUCGAGGAUAUUCAUUCAGCACCGACGACCAUACCCGAAGGAAACGAGGAUGGAGAGCACGACGGAGAUGAUGACUCCGUCGACGAGGGUCUCGUGAUGAGGGGAUUGAAGAGAGACGAAGAAGCCUGGCUAGCUUGA